GCAGGAACCUGCCCAGCCAGUUAAAUGAAAGACAUAUUAGGUUAUCCAUUGCACAUUGUAUAUAUCUUAGGCGCAGCAGAGCUCCUCUGAGCAUUCUCUGGUGGCUCCCUCAUCUUAUAUGUGCUUGUUGAUAGAGUUGGGGAGAGGGAAAUCAACAAUAACUAACCACCACUGCUGAUAAAGGGCAGGCUAACCUUUCACACUUAAGACAAAAAGGUUUAUUGUCUAGGUGUGGAUGUUUACUGUUUCUGGAAAAGUGACAUAUGCUGCAGAAAGGUUAACUGUCAUUGUUGAAUGCAUUCAGAACUAUCUUUUCAGCAGUUUUGACUAUCUCCAAAUAGGAAACCAGUCGUCUAGGAAAACAGCCUUAUAUCAUUAUGUGAUAUGAACUAAAAAAGGAGUCAAGCAGCAAGUAGCACCGACAAAUACAGGACACCAUGAACACUUCUGGGGGUAGCUGUGGAAGUCCCAACUCUGCAGAACCCGCUGCAGAAUGCUUCAAAGAACUGUGGUCCAAACUGAAAGAAUGCCAUGAUAAGGAAGUGAAAGGAUUACAGUUAAAAAUUUCCAAACUGAAAAAGGAAAGGUGUUUAGAUGCAGAGAGGCUUGAAGAGUUUUACACCAAAAACCAACAGCUUAGAGAGCAACAGAAAUCUCUGUAUGACACUAUUACAGUUUUGGAAGAUCGUUUAAGAGCUGGGUUAUGUGAUCGUUGUGCAGUAACUGAAGAGCAUAUGAAGAAGAAACAGCAGGAAUUUGAAAAUAUCCGACAGCAAAAUCUUAAACUGAUCACUGAACUGAUGAAUGAAAGAAACAAUUUACAAGAUGAAAAUAAAAAAAUUUCUGAACAGCUUCAGCAGAUGCAGCAAAGGACAGAACAGCAAGAUGAAGAUAUGAAGGGAUUUAUACCAGACUCACCAGUUCAAACGCUUUCACUUUCACUGGUUAACCGAAUGCGCCGAAAAAGAGAGAAUAGGCAUGUACGAUACACAGAACAGAAGUGUACAGUGUCAGAACAAAAAGGACGAACUAAGGACCUUGGGAAGGUUGCAUUAUUAUCAACUCAGAAUGACGUUCAUCCCAGUGAAGCAAUAUUGGUGGCAGAUACCUGCGAUCUACAGUGUUCACCAGUAUCAAAUGAAAAAGGAACAGGAGACCCGGCCAGAACAUCGCCAUUUGACUUGGCUGCAGUUGUUGCAGAAACACUUGGACUUGAUAAUCCCAAUAAACAGGGAGAUUCCAUAAAGCAGAUGGCUCAUGGAUUACCAAGACGCAAUGGUGAAACUAUGGGGUUUUCAGAUCCAUCAAAGAACACUCCUCCGCCUACAGACUGGGAUUCUAAAUCACUCUCUCCUCUCUUGGGGGCUUCCUCAUCAACUAACAUGAAGAAAAGCCUGGGCCUGAAUUCAAGUCUUUCCCCUUCAGUGUUAGCAACUGGACAGAAGUCAAAUCUGAAAGUCAACUCCAUCAACAAUUCCUGUUAUUCUAGAUCUGAGAAAGUGAGGUCAAAAUCUGAGGAGAUCGCUUUUGUUGCUCCUCUUAACCUUGGAAUUGAAGUAGCCUCUGUUAUCAGCCAGGUUCCAACCAGUCGGCAAGUGGUUCUGAAACCAAGUUCAGAUGAGCCCAUCACAUGUGUCACUAACACACAUUCAGAUAAAGAUGGAAAUAUCAAGAAUGAUUUCCUUCCCACACUACAGAAACCACUGGUAAGCAGAAGCACUAAAAGGAAGAAAUCUGAAGAGAAAAGUGGGCAUGUAAUUGGCUGUGGAAAAGAAAAUGCCCUCCCAACCCAAAUCGACAUUCCUUCUGCUGCCACGAAAGAUAAUGCAGCUGACCGGCCCCUAGAUCUGUCUGACAAUUUUGCAUGUUUUCAGUCUCAAGAAAAAAACCACACGUCUUCUGAGCUGUCCAAAUCCAGGCUGAGACAGGCAACUCUUCAUGAUGUUGUUCAACCACAAGGGAAAGAUACUUUAUCCUUUAAAAGCAUCAAUGGUAACUACAUAGCAAACAAGGAUUUGGAAGAGGAUUCCUCUGUGCAGGAAGCAAUCCUGAAAUCUCUGAGCAAAGCACCUCCAGAGGUUGCUCAUGUCUGUGAACCAACUGGUAAGAAAAUAAGGACAGGGCUUGGAAUGGGGGAACCAGCAUCGGUGCUGCAGCCAAAUCCUUGCAGAGUGACAAGAACUGCACAACAACACAAUCAACAAGAUAAGCCUUCCUUGGAAAGCAUGCAGUGGAGUAUAGAUCCAGGAGCAGACCUUUCCCAGUAUAAAAUGGAUGUAACUCUAAUAGACACAAAAGAAAGUACCCAAUCAAGAAUUGAAGCAGAGACUGUAGAUAUGGAAUAUACAUAUGUCAGUGAAAGUAUUCUACUUAGAUUGAAAAAUCAGGAAAAGAAAGCAACGAUCUGUCCACAAACUGAAAGAAGAAAGAAUGGUGACUUAACAGAUAUAUUUGAUCAGACAUCACAUGAAGAAUACAACUCCUAUUUAGAAGAUGAUAAUUUUCCAGAAUGUAACAAUAAAGACGUGUCUCAGGAGCAAGGGAAAGAAAAUAAGACAAUAUCCGCAGUAAAAGAAAACCAACAGAGGCAUGAAGACAAAAAAGAUAAAACCAAACAGAAGGCUUUUGUUGAACCCUAUUUUAAAAGUGAUGAAAGGAAUAACUCUGCAUUAGAUUUUCCUCAUGUUGAGGUUGUUCGUAAGAGAGAUGAGAGAAGAAAAUUACCUGGCCAUACUUGUAAGGAAUGUGAAAUGUAUUAUGCAGAUUUUCCUGAAGGAGAGAAAGAGAAGAGGUUGGCCGCCUGUUCGAGGCAUCGAUCUCGCUACGUUCCUCCUGACACACCAGAGAAUUUCUGGGAGAUUGGAUUUCCUUCUACCCAAACGUGUGUUGAAAGAGGUUACAUAAAAGAAGACCUUGCUCCCUGCCCACGUCCUAAAAGAAGGCAACCUUAUAAUGUGACUUUUUCUCCAAAAAGCAAAGAGCAAAAAACAUAAUUGAAAACUGAAAAAUGUCAAUACAAAUCUUCUGUAUCAGUUGGUAUUUAUAACCAUUAGAAAAACUGGAUAAAAGUAUUGUUCAUUGAGUAUUUCUCUCUUUUCAAAAGACCAAUUAUUUUGGGAAAUCACUUCCCUUUGAACUAUCAUUUGAUUAUUUGGAGCGACAAAUGCAACUAUUUAAUGUAUAUAGAUGUAUUGUUUUAUGUGUAUAUUUCAUUGUGCUUCAUCAUGAUUUUGCACCUUUCACUUAGGAGAGCCAGUAGCUGUUUUAUGGGUGCCUGCGGUUCAGUUUCCAUGCUGGUUGUACUCAAUUGGUCCAAGUUGAUGUUUUGGGUCAACCAAAAUUGCAGAGAUUCAGUUGUGCUCCAGGAGAUUCCUGUGAACCACAAUCAGAAUCUUAAUAGGGUGCUUCCAUUUUGCACUGGGUAACUUAAAAAUGUUUAACCAAUUCUGUUUUGUAAUAAAUUGUGGAGGCGGAUAAUAAAUAUUGAUUUUCUUAAUAA